AUGGAAGCUCAGGCGUUGGAACAUGAGCGUCGUUUGGCAACUGCCCAGGGGGGGGAGGCCUUGAAACACGCCAUUGCCGCCGCUGAGCUGUACAUGCAAGCGGCCGGUAAAGCGGAAAUCCCAGAAGAUCGCAAACGAUUCCGGAGAAAAUUUGCAGAGCUCAUCAGCCUCGGGGAGCGUCUCAAGGCCAACAAUGAGGGUUCUCGGACGGCCGCUGUUGCUGCCCCCCGGCUCCCAACCCCGGAAUCAACACGGCCCCUGACGACCGCCGAGAAGACUAUUGUCCUUCGAGCUUCGCGCCUACACGGAAACAUAUUUCGACCGUGGGAGUCUGCGCCCGGUCUUGAAAAGGCUCCGGAUGGCCAGAUUCCUGUUUACAAUGACCCGUCCCCCUUUUCUCUAUCACUAGAGCAGCAGGCCAUUUUUGCUGGGUGGCGGCGCCCUGCCGAGCUCCCAGGAGCCAAAAAUGGAGACAAUGAAGAGGAAUGCUUAGCACCGCUCAUGGAAGCUCAAGCGGACAUGGACCUUGCCCAGGAUCUAGCGACGGAUUGUUCAGUUGUGGCUAGUCUGUGUGCUGCUGCUCGCCUUCUUGGGCCUACCCAAGAUUCGCUGCUCGGGUCCUUGAUGAUCCCCUUUGACCACGAGAAAAAACGGCCCGCCAUCUCUCAAAGCGGCCAGUAUAUCUUCCGCAUGUAUUUCAAUGGGUGCUGGCGAUCCGUCAGCAUCGACGACCGCCUUCCCGCUUCCAAGACGGACCGCACGCUGUUCGUGGUCGAUCGUCGGAACCCUCGGUUGAUCUGGCCAGCCCUGAUGGAAAAGGCGUAUCUCAAGAUCCGCGGUGGUUACGACUUUCCCGGAAGCAACUCAGGGACGGAUUUACAUGCCCUCACUGGGUGGAUUCCCGAGCAGAUUUUCCUUCAAAGUGAUGAUAUUGAGCUAGAUGAAAUAUGGAAUAGGGUCAAGAAGUCGUACGAUAACGGUAACGCAAUUUUGACCCUUGGGACGGGGAAUAUACUCCCUGAAGAGGAGAAGGUGUUGGGCUUGGUCAAGGAACACGACUAUGCCGUCGUGGACUUGAAACAGGAGGACGGCUCCCGUCUCCUGCGCAUCAAGAACCCAUGGGUUGACAGCCUAAUCUGGACUGGCGUUGGGUCCUCGGCAACGCUGAAGACACACACCGUCGGUUCGACAUCCGAUGAGUCGCCCAACCAGUUCUGGAUGGCAUUCGAGGACGUUCUGCAGCACUUCGACUCGCUCUACGUUAACUGGAAUCCCGCGCUGUUCAGCCACCGCGAGGACCAUCACUUCAAAUGGGAUAUGUGUGACAAGACAGAAGAGCUGGUUUACACCCAUAACCCACAGUACAGCAUAUCCUCUCCCUCCGAUAAUCCGAUUUGGGUGCUCCUCAGCCGCCAUUGGCAGGAUGGCGAGCUUGACAUUCUGCGCCAGCGCAAAGCCGAGAAGGACCGUGGGAGUGACUCACUCGCGACAGUCUCGAAGCAACUCGGGUUUACAGCACUCGCUCUGUACACGACUCCACAGCCCGGUACUCGUGUUCCUUUGUUGGAUAGCAGCCGGAGACAGGCCCAAACGCCCUAUGUUGACAGCCCCAACACCCUCCUUCGGUACACUCCAACUCCCCAUACGCCGCAGACGCUCGUAGUCACCCAGACGGAGCUGCCCUUGGUGACCUACUCUUUUACCCUUUCCUUCUUCUCCCUCAACCCCCUGACCAUCACGCCUGCUCAACAUCGUCACGCCUUCAACAUCCCUCUUACCGGUGCCUGGACUCGCCGCACAGCGGGGGGCAGCGCUUCUCAUCCAAGUUACUUCACCAACCCGCAAUACUCUCUCACCCUAACUUCACCGUCAGCGGUCUCGCUCGUGCUGAGUACCUCCUCCCGCGACAUCCCGGUGCAUGUCGCUCUUGUCUUCUCCCCUCCCUUAACCACAACCAACUAUCCAUCACAGCAGCAGUCGCAUCAACCGCAGCACCAACCCCCACGGCGAGUCACCUCCCUCUCCGGCCGCGAUAUUCUCUGUUCCUCGACCGAGUACCAUCUCGGCUGCACCUCCGCCUCCUCCCCAGUCCUAGACCCGGGCACUUACACCAUCAUGCUCUCCACCUACGAGCCCGGCCAACUCGCCCCCUACACCCUCCUCGUCUCCACCGACUGCGCAGGAACCACCAUCAAACCCAUCCCCUCCGACGGCGCGGGCCGUCUACGCACCCUACUACCUCCCUUACCACCCAAUCCCUCACACCAACAAUAUUCCCAACCUACCGGCCCAACCCGCCUCCGCGCCCGCCUCUACCCAUCCCGUCUCAUUCGCCUCAACCUCCUCGCCACCCAAUCUCCGACCCACAACAACAACAGACACAUCACAGCCGCCCGUAUCUCCCUAGACCUCGGCACCGGUCCCCACCGUACCCUCCUCACCACCUCCCACGACGGUGAGUUCGCCGAUGCCGUCAUGGGACUACGCACCCGCGAGGUAGAUGUCGAUGGGCCGGAGGCGGAAAGGAGGGGUGGGUUGUGGGUAGUUUGGGAGGAGAUUGGUCGUGGUGGUGGUGAAGGAGGAGGUGGUAGUAGUUUAGGUUUAGGUGGCGCUGAGAGUGGUGGUACUGCUGGUGGUGGUGGGAAUGGGGUACAGAUUGAGGUUCUGAGUGAUGGGGAGGUGGAUGUUGGGGGAUGGGAAAGGGCGGAGGAGGAUUAA